UUUACGGCUGCUAUUAAGGAAUAAUCCAGGAAGGAGAAGAUGGAAACAAACACUCUGACAUCCUGUAUCCAGUUAGGAGAAUCUGUGACCUUCCUCGAUGUAGCUGUGAGAUUCUCUCAGGAAGAGUGGCAGUGCCUGGACCCUUCUCAGAGGAAUCUCUACAGAGAUGUGAUGCUAGAGACCUACCAGCACAUGAAGGCCAUAGGGUAUUGUGGAGUGAAGCCUGCGCUGAUCUCCUGGUUGGAAGUAGGAGAACUUGGAAGGCUGCAGAGAAGCAUGUAUCCAUAUGACGGACCACAAGUUCCGAUAAUGACAUUUCAGAAAUUUGCUUUUGGAAUGGGAUAUCCAAAAAAGAGUGAGAUGAUAAAGAGCCAGACUUGGUUGGAUGGAGCUGAUACUGUGCUGCAGGCCACAAUGUGGAGGAAAUCAUCCUGCCCAUAUCCCAUUGGGAAUGAAGACACAAGGGGCAUCUAUUGUGAAGUGGACCAGAGUGAUAAGAGCUUUCUUAUGCCAGAGCCAGUGAUCACUGCGCAAAACUUUCCUGAAUCUGCUCUACCCAGUCCCUGGACUCAGACCCCCACAGUGGGACCAUCCUGGGAAAUGCGAGCAACAGUGUUUGCUCUGAGCCCCUCACAGUCUCAGUCUAACCAGCCCAUUGCCCAUAGAGUGGAGCCACCUGAGUGUAAGCAAUGUGGGGGGGACUCUCUGUAUGCCUUGCACCCUGAGGGUCUGCAGGGCGGACGUUCCCUGAGUCAUCCUUCACACCAGAGAGACUCUAAGGAUGUCCAGACAAGAAAGAAACAAAAUACAUGUCAGAGGUUUGGGAAGGCCUUUGCUCGAUCCUCAGACCUUAAUAGACAAGAGAAAAUUCAUACUGGAGAGAAAUCUUUUACAUGUUCAGUGUGCGGGAAGGCCUUCACUCUAGCCUCAGCUCUUUGUAGUCACAAGAAAAUUCAUACUGGUGAGAAACCAUAUAUAUGUCAGGAGUGUGGGAAGGCCUUCACUCAAUCCUCAGGUCUUUAUAUUCACAAGAAGAUUCAUACUGGAGAGAAACCUUAUAUAUGUCAGGAGUGUGGGAAGGCCUUCACUCAAUACUCAGGUCUUUAUAUUCACAAGAAAAUUCAUACUGGAGAGAAACCUUAUAUAUGUCAGGAGUGUGGGAAGUCCUUCACUCGAUCUUCGGGCCUUAAUAGGCACAAGAGAAUUCAUUCAGGAGAGAAACCUUAUACAUGUCAGGAGUGUGGGAAGGCCUUCACUCAAUCCUCAGAUCUUUAUAAUCACAAGAAAAUUCAUACAGGAGAGAAACCUUAUAUAUGUCAGGAGUGUGGGAAGGCCUUCACUCAAUCCUCAGGUCUUUAUAUUCACAAGAAAAUUCAUACUGGAGAGAAACCUUAUAUAUGUCAAGAGUGUGGGAAGGCCUUCACUCAGUACUCAGGUCUUUAUAUGCACAAGAAAAUUCAUACUGGAGAGAAGCCUUUUAAAUAUCAGUAGUGUGGGAGAGUCUUUCGUGUAUCCUCUGAUCUCUAAGCAUAAAAGAAUUCAUACUGGAGAGAAAAAGAAUUCGUACUGGAGAGAAGCCUUAUACAUGUCAUGAGUUGGGAAGGCUGUUUCUUGGUCCAAAAAUCUUUAUUUUCACAAGAAAAUUCAUACUGGAGAGAAGCUUUUUACAUGUCAGUGUGGGGAGGGCUCCUAACAUUCCUCAGACCUCCCUACGCACAAAAGAGUUCAUACCUGAGAGAAGCCUAAUACAUAUCAGGUUGUAAAAAGGCCUUCACUCAAAUUUCAGUCCUUCAUAAACACAAGGCAGUUCAUACAGGAGGAAAACCUUAUUUAUG